ACCCGUUCCAGUGCUGACCCUGAUUGUUUGAGCGUGCGUGGAGGUGUUCGUGCUAGACUGCAAGAUCGCGUAGAGCAUGUUCCAUCUGGCACCAGUCUCGCGAUGCUCCAUCUUCGGCCUACCCCCCGGGGUCCGUUGUUUGCUGCGGCCGCAAUGCACUGCCAUCCUGCGCCGAUAUCAAUCCAAUGAUGCACGCAAACGCUCAUUGACCAUCGAUGGCAAAUCCUAUCCCUCCGACUCCUGGACUAACGCGCCGGAGAACAUUCUUAUCCAAUAUGGCAGGAGGUUGCAUGUCCAGCCGAACCAUCCCCUGUCCAUAGCGAGGCAACUCAUCGAGUCCUGCUUCCCUGGCUUCCAGCAUCAUAACAGCUUACCAGGCGUGGUGACGGUGGAUCAGAACUUCGACUCAUUGGGCUUCGCGAGCGACCAUCCUGGGCGCAGCAAAACGGACACCUACUACCUCAACCAAGACACAGUCCUUCGCACUCACACGUCCGCACACGAGGUCGACGUCUUUCGGGCAAACACUAGCAAUGGCUACACCAUCUGUGGCGACGUCUACCGGCGGGACGCCAUCGAUCGAACGCACUACCCAAUCUUCCAUCAGAUAGAAGGCGCGCUCACCUGGGAUCGCAGCGCGUUCAAGUCUAGCGAACAUUUCUCACAACACAUCCAAAACGACCUGGCUCGACUCGGGUCCGCUGGCGUCGAUGUGGAAGAUCCAAAUCCAACGUUCCACCCCGAACGCAAUCCGCUCCAAGCGAAACAUCACGCUGCGGAGGAGGCUGAAGCAAUCGCUGCUCAUCUGAAAAGAUCGCUCGAGCACAUGGCCGUCGCUAUCUUCACCGCUGCCGACAAAGCUCUAAAAGCAAGCGACCACGCCGCACAAGAGGAGCAGGAGCCGCUGAAGAUCCGUUGGGUCGAAGCUUUCUUCCCUCACACUUCUCCUUCAUGGGAGCUCGAAGUGUGGUGGAGAGGGGACUGGCUUGAAGUCCUCGGUUGCGGUGUCAUUGAACAGCCUUUGUUAAUUCGAGCCGAUGUGCCAUCAAGGAUGGGAUGGGCGUUCGGAUUGGGCCUGGAAAGGCUGGCGAUGUUGCUCUUUGGGAUCCCCGACAUUCGACUCUUCUGGAGCAAAGAUCAACGUUUUCUCGGUCAGUUCGAUGAGAACAAACCGAUCAAACGCUUCCAGCCCUUCAGCAAGUACCCAGCUGCGCCACGUGACGUCGCCUUUUGGAUACCAGAUGCUGGCGCAGCUGUCGUUGAAACGCCUGCGACCACCUCGUCCUCUCCUUCACCGGCAGGAGGGCAGAUCACCGCCGCACCCCCCCCGGAUACUCCGUCCUUCCACGAAAACGACCUCAUGGAAGUCGUCAGGGACACGGCCGGAGACAGCGUGGAGGAUGUGUCUCUGAUCGACAAGUUCACGCAUCCGAAGACCGGACGGCAGAGUCUGUGCUACAGGAUCACGUACCGAAGCCUUGAGAAGACGCUGACCACCGAGGAGGCCAAUGAUCUGCAUGAACAGAUCAGGCGCGAGUUGGUGGCAAGAUUCGGAGUGGAGUUGCGAUGAAUGUGAUAGAUCCCGGGGAUCGGUAGGAAUAUCCCACCUCUUAUUAUACAAAUGUACAUUACUCUCCAACCCCUCACAUCAAUAGCAGCCUCGCGUUUGUUUGAGAAUGUCACAUGUAGGGAGUGAGUAUGUUUCAC